UGUGAAUGGCAUUUUCUUUAUAAAUUUUUUAUAGAUAUUUCUGAAAGGACUUAAAAUGUGCAAAAAUUUGGGUACAUAAAUUGAGUGGAUUAGUCUCGUAAUAAGAUUUCUAAUUAACGAGUAACAAACUUAUAAAACUAAAAACUUUUACUUUUUUUUAUUUCUGUAAGCACAAGACCUAAUUUCAGCUUUUUUAUAGUAAAUUACAUUAUUCACUUCCACUUUUAUUCUUUUAAGAACCAUCGCUUCAAAGAGUUAAAUGAUAUUUAAAUUCACAUAAGUCUACCCAAGUUAGAUGAGAAUAGAAGUCUAUUAGUCAAACUAUUAUGUAACUAAAUAGGGUUACAUAAAAAUACCAAUCAUAGCAAACAUUCCUGUUAAACGAUUUAAAUCUAAUGUAGGUCUAAUUUGUUAAGUGCUCUUAUGAUAAAUACCUGUGAUAAGGUAGCCGCCCCUAUUAGAGGGUUGCUCCCUUGAUUGGCUCAGUAUCAUGAAGCUUUUGAAGGCGGCACGACGUAGGCUUCGCUCACUCUGGCGUCUGCCCCGACGCUUGUCCAACACCUUGACGGGCAGCCAGGUGGUGCUGGUCUCAGUGGUGAUUUUGAUAUUACAAAAUAUUCUCUAUGGCAUAUAUCCCUGUCGCUUUAACUUCAAGAGGAAAAAGUUCGUGUUCAGCUUGCCGCUGGCCGUUUAUUCCUUCGCCGUGGCCACCUUGUUCAGCGCCUACUACGGCCGACACCUUUGGCAGGCGUAUAGCGAGAAGCAACUGACUCUCCGAGAUCCGGUUCAGAUCUAUAGCUUUAUGUUUGCGUGUGCAGCGAUGCUGAACUAUGUGACCCAAUGGGCCAUGGUUCCAGAGAUUUUACGCUUUCAGAAUCACUUGGAUCUAUUUAAGACCAUGGACUACUUCCGGCUCACGGUGGGCACUGUGGCGCCUGCGACAUUUUUGACCGGGCUCAAGCUGUUUGGAUGCCCGCUGCUGUUGCAUCUGACACUGAUCAUGUACCAGAAGCACACGCAUCCGGAGCUGAGCUGGCUGAAGACCAUCCACACGAUGUUUCCCAUCUACUUGGGCAAUCAGUUGAACAAUUGUUUCUUUGGCGGUAUCAUGGUGACCCGAAAUGUGCUCAUCGAGAUCAAUAGGCGGCUGCGUGAGAUUCAGGUGGAGGUGAACAGAUUGCAGACUCCGUUGGAGAUGAUGCUGCACAAGCACUACUAUCGCAUGAGACGCUUCUGUGACCUGGCCGAUCGACUGGACGAGCUGGCCAGCAAAUAUACCGUUUCUACUAGCUCCUCCAUGGACUAUUUGGAUCUGACUGCCUUCUCCAUGGUCACAUACAUGGCCAUCAAUCUGACCAACACCACGCUGGGCAUCUACACGCAAUACCAGGCAUUUGCUGACUUUUGGAUGCUAGACAUCUCUUAUGAGAUAUCGCGAGCCUUGGCGCAUCUUGUAUUCCUCGUCAUUCCCAUGGCAGAUAUUUAUGUAUUGGCGCGAGUCUGUCAACAGGUGAUAGAUGAGGCCAAUGAAUCUGGUAAUUUACUGCAGCGCAUUAAUUUACAGCAUUCGGAUGUUCGAUUCAAUCAAGUCGUUGAUGCGCUGUGGCUCGAAGUGAAGACAAUUAAUUAUCAAUUGGUGCCAAUGGGCCUUCUAGAGCUGGAUGGAUCGCUCUUCACCAUAAUAUUCUCAACAGUUUCUGGCUUUCUACUGUUUCUUAUACAAAACGAUCUAACGCAGAGAUUUUCGCUAAAAUGAAUAGCAAAAUAACGUUAUUUUCAUCGGUGUAGUCUAU